AUGGGAAUACUACGUCUCCCUCGUCCAGCCGGUAUCUACAUCCCCAGUACCACACGGACAGUGACAACAGAUAUGAUCUCGCCGCCCAUGUCGCCCGAUGCGGACUUCGAUUUCGAGACCCUUGUCCCAUCAGCCCGGUCGGCUCUCCAAUACAUCUCCAGAAAACUGCAGCAGAAAGCGAUGCACCUCACUAUGCUAGUCGGAUGGGAGAAGCCAUUCCCCACUGGUCAGAGUUCAGAUCUGACUGUCAUCCCCGUCACGGCGUUGGAUCGGGAGUCGCGCAAGACACUAGAGCGGAUUAUCGAGAAAGCAUCGAGGAAGUUCUCGCUUGGGCAGAGCUGGGUAGAUGCUCUAGCAGCGGGCCAGCUGCAGCGGCAUAGCAAUGAGUAUAUCAUCGAGCAAUCCCUCAGGCAGAAUGAGAUUCUGUUCAGUGAGGAAGGGCUUACGUUGCUCAGUAUCGAUCGGGUCUAUAUGCUCAAACGUCGUCUCUGCAUGCUGUCUCACGGAACGACUCGCAUCCCAGAAGAAACAUACAUCAGUUCCUGUGUCCACCUGCUCAGGCAGACGAUCAAACAUUUACAGGGCCGGCCGUUCAGCAAGGCCUUUUUCCAUCGUGUCUAUGACCACUUGGAUGUUUCGGACCAGGUUCUGGUGAAGGUGGCGGAUGCUUACAGAACUAAAUACCGCCAGGAUGGCAUCGUCUUUCAGCGCGUGCAUCAGAAGCAAGAAUGUCAGCGACGCUCCCCGUUUCGAGGCCCUCGGGUUGGUCGAAGACAACAGCAGCCGAUACCACCACGCAGUGGUACGCCCCUGCGACGAGGCCCGACGACACCAGUGUCUGCGUCGGAUGUUACGCCUAUAACGCGGAAUGAAUGGAAUAUCCUCAUCGGGCCGGAGUUUCAUCAGAACGAGCGGACGGUGACUAUGUGGAUUCCGUCGCCGGAGAUGGCUGUUCGAUGA